CAGUAGUUUACCAUCAAUCCAAAGGGCAAAAAAAUAACUGCAAAACGCCCAGCCCAUUCUGAUUACGCACUGAAAGUAGGCUGAGAGAGGAGCCUGCAUUGUAGCGUUAUCCUGGUCCACCGCAACGCAAUUUCCGUUAUCUUCCCACGAGCUGUGUACGCUAGUUUUAACGGACCCUGCCUGGAGUGAGAUGAAAAAGAAUAACGACCAAUGAAUAUCAAUAUGAAGUUCUUACGACAAAUGGCACAAUGUUCUCCCAAACAAACAACGGAUACUGGAAGUCCCACCCGUUCCCGCCGCCAACCCUGUCUAACGGAAAGUCCCGCCCCCUCUUGCCGAUAACGCUCAUUCGGCGCACCCCGGCUCAGGCGUUCCGUCGUGAGAAGAGAACGCCUGGGAACGAGGUUACACCGAAAGGGGGAGCGCCAUUGCAUGGAUAUUCUCUCCGUUGCACUGAGCCACUACCGCCAGCCCCUACAGCUCCGACCAGCAGUAGCAGCCCAGUGUUCCGCUCUUGUCCAACGCGUUAUCAGACAAAAACGUUAUAGGCUUCCGCUGAUGGGGCAGAUUGAAAUAUUCAUCUUUACGCGUAUUUGAGAUUAAUUCACGUAUGGAACGGCCUUGGAAGAGAGUAGAGAUGCAGCGCUGCUCCGAGAGCUCCCCACGAGAACCAUACUGGGCUUUCAUGACAAGCAAUCCUAUGAUAUCCUGUGUGUUCCAUACGACUAUGAUAUGAGUAACAUCUGGUCGUGUACGGACGAGGAGUAACGCAACCGCACGUUACGACGUGAAGGACAUUGUGGUUUUCUCUGCAGACGUUUGCGUGAGGAAAGCUCAUUUUGGAUUUGUGAUGGAGCUGGAGAACAUAGUAGCCAACACUGUACUGCUGAAGGCGAGAGAGGGUGGAGGCGGGAAGCGGAAGGGGCGGAGUAAAAAGUGGAAGGAGAUCCUGCGGUUCCCGUACAUCAGCCAGUGUGCAGAGCUGGGGUCCACCCUGGACCGGGACUACGUGAGCCUGUGUGAGAAGCAGCCAAUCGGGCUGCUCUUCCGACAGUACUGUGAGACCAGACCAACGCUGAUGAGAUGCAUCCAUCUACUGGACGCCAUGGAGGACUACGAGGUCGCGCCCGAUGAGAAGCGCAAAAGCCGAGGGGACCAGAUCAUCAAGAAGUUCCUCUCCAUAGAUUCGACAGAGUGCGUGGACGUGGCGAAGAUCUACGCCGACCAGUGCAGCGAGAAUCUCGAGUUGAGUCCCUGUAAAGAGAUCUUCAGCGACUGUCACAAAACCCUUCAUGACUACCUAAGCGGUGACCCCUUCUCCGACUACCAGAACAGCAUGUACUUCGACCGCUUCCUGCAGUGGAAGAUGCUGGAGAGGCAACCGAUCACCAAGGAUACGUUCAGGCAGUACCGGGUCCUGGGGAAGGGGGGGUUUGGAGAGGUGUGCGCCUGCCAGGUGAGGGCCACGGGGAAGAUGUACGCCUGCAAGAAGCUGGAGAAGAAGAGGAUCAAGAAGAGGAAAGGGGAGUCCAUGGCGCUGAACGAGAAGCAGAUCCUGGAGAAGGUCAACAGCCGCUUUGUGGUGAGUUUAGCAUACUCGUACGAGACCAAAGACGCUCUGUGUCUGGUGCUGACCAUCAUGAACGGCGGCGACCUGAAGUUCCACAUCUACAACAUGGGCACGCCGGGCUUCGAGAAGGACCGGGUGCAGUUCUACGCGGCUCAGAUCUGCUGUGGCCUCGCCCUGCACAGGGAGUCCAUCGUGUACAGGGAUCUGAAACCAGAGAACAUCCUCUUGGAUGACAACGGUCACAUCCGCAUCUCAGACCUGGGGCUGGCCAUCAAAGUGCCUGAAGGAGAGAUGAUCCGGGGCCGCGUGGGCACGGUGGGCUACAUGGCGCCGGAGGUGAUCAACAACGAGAAGUACGGGAUGAGCCCGGACUGGUGGGGGCUGGGCUGCCUGGUGUACGAGAUGACCGCCGGGAGGUCUCCGUUCCGGGCGCGCAAGGAGCGGGUGAAGCGCGAGGAGGUGGAGAGGAGGGUGCAGGAAGAGGAGGAGGAGUACAGCGACAAGUUCACCGAGGACACCAAGGCCGUCUGUAGGAUGCUUUUGACCAAAGACCCGAAGCAGAGGCUAGGGUGCCAGGCGGACGGGUCAGCAGGCGCCAAGGCCAACCCCUUCUUCAAGAACACCAACUUCAAACGCCUGGAGGCCGGGAUCCUGGACCCGUCCUUUGUGCCCGACCCCCGUGCGGUCUACUGUAAGGACGUUCUGGACAUAGAGCAGUUCUCCACCGUGAAGGGCGUCAACCUGGACCGCACCGACAACGACUUCUACUCCAAGUUCGCCACCGGAAGCGUGUCCAUCCCCUGGCAGAACGAGAUGAUCGAGACAGAGUGCUUCAGCGAUCUGAACGUCUUCGGCCCCCACGGGACCAGACCCCCAGACCUGGACUACCACCCCCCGGAGCCCCCGAGACGCAGCGUGCUGGACAGGCUGUUGAGGAGGCAUAUCCCCGAGGUGUCCAUUGCCAACAGGCGCGUGCAGUCUUCCAGCGUAAACUCUGUGGACUCCAUGUCCCACUCUGCCCCCUAGUGGUAUGGCAACCGCUCGGAGCCCCAUACACACACACACACACACACACACACACACACACACACACACACACACACACACACACACACACACACACACACACACACACAUACAUGUACACACAUAAGGAGGGAGGGAGCCCCCGGUUUACAUUGGGGGGGUCGGACCAGAAGCUCCCAGACCACGUUCCUUCAGCCAAACGGUCCAACGGAAGAAAAGUUGACACUCAUCGUUGACACUCAUCGGGGGGGGCGGGGGGGGGGGGAUGGGGGGCCUUAAGACCCUCAGAGCUGGGGGGGGAGGGGGAUUGUUUGGCUGCACCACAAAGCCACUUAUGGUCAUGAAAACAGGAACGGAAACAUAUAAAGACAUGCUUACAUUCAGGGGAUGUGUUGUGUGAGAAAGACCACCACGGGAGGGCGAUCGGAGCGUAUUGGGUAGUCUGGCUCCGUUUUUAUUUCUGGAAAAGUCCCGUCAUCCUUUACAGUUCACAGUCUCUUCCUCUCUCUGACCCCGAUCGCUGGCGUCGGCUAUAUAUAUAUACGCCGUUCCCGGUUCACCCCUCGGCCCUCGCCCUCUGCUAUGACUUUUCACCCGUUUUUAAUUCCUUGUUCCGUGCCUGUUCCACCCCCCCCCCCCACCCCCCCAUACCCCCCACCCCCCCAUACCCCCCACCCCCCCCCUUCCCCCCAAUACAUCCAUACCUCAGACUACUCGUAAACAUUCACAUGAAGUUCCUCCUUCUUAGAACAUGUCCACCACCAUCGCCCCCCGAACACACAAUGUACAAUGCCUUCCUGCACCCUCUCAGGGCCCAGAUUGAGGCCCAAUCCCAUUUCUACCCCUUACCCCUUCAAAACAAGGGGGAGGGGGAAGGGGUAAGGGGUAGAAAUGGGAUUUGGCCUCGUUAGUCCACGUCAUUAGAGGUUCUGUCGCUGUGUCACGCCACAGACCUAGGGACGGUUCCCCCCCCCCCCCCCCCCCCCCCCUGGAUCAGAACGUGGGACUGUUUGGAUCAAUGAUCUAUAAUUCUAUAUAUACAUAUACAUUCUCUAAAUAUGAGCCUGCAGACAUAUCAUCGUACCCGCUUAAAGCACAUACACACACAUACACACACGAUUACUAAGAACUGUGUUGUGCUAUCUUUGCAUGGACAAGUUAACGAGAGAGGUAUACCACCUUCUGCGUCUGCAUACCUCAUUCCACUGAUGUUACCAUUGUAUGCUGACCCUCCCCAUCCCAUUUCCCCCCCCCCCCCCCCCCCCCCCCCCCACGUCUCUGUAUAUGUGAGAUCGUGUUGACUGACUCUGAGAUCGCGAUGCUGUAUGGAUAUUUUCUUUUUCUGCAAAGUCCCCAUGAAGUGGAGAGAGGAACACAUGCACUCAGCUAACUUAAACAUUGCACAAUAUAAGAUUAUGUCAUGCUGUAUCAUCACCAAAUGAAAAAAAAAAUGUUUUUACAGUAAAGAUGUUUUUACCUCUGACCAUGAUGGCACAUUAUUGUAUUUGUUUUUCGGGGGGGUUUUGUCUUGGUUUUUAUUUUGACAUUUUGGAGGGAGAAUAGGGACCGCCUCUGAAACCCAAGCCUUUAAAAAAAAAAAGAAGGGUCAACCUGUUGCUGCGUCGCCCACAUCCUCUUUUAUUAAAUAUUAUUUGUCAUUUAUUUUCUACAUGUUGCCUCUGCUUUACACUUCAACACGCUGUGAGUUUUAUUCUGGAAUCUGCCACCACAAUCUGAAAAAGGUCUUCCUCCACCUCCACCUCCACCUCCACCUCGCCUUCAGAUAGCAGGGCACCGCUACGAGUGAGCGCGAUCUCACGGCCAACACCGCCCGGGCGCCAACCGGUCCCGGUGACUCGUGAGCGGAGGACGAGGAAGGCGAGGAGGAAGACGGCGGUAGAGUCAUGCGAAAUCCCACAAAAAGAAGUGUCCUUCUUACCGUAGCACAGCCAAUGAAAAGGGACGACCAACACCUCCUCUUCUGCUUGUUUUAGAAUGUGAUGCAUACUUAUUGUUUUUUUGCGAGGGUCUAAGUGUGAGGUUGUAACUGGUUCAUGCAGUUAUUUAAUAGUUCUUAACCAAUUUUCAAUUGACUGAACGUGUAUUUUAUUUUGAACUUUUUUGAUGUACUUGAUAUAGAAAAAAAAAACUAGAAAAGGAAGAAUUGGAAUUUGAAUAAAGUGCCUCCCGUCAGCAUGACCUUCCGGACGGACUCCAGCCCUCUGCUUUUCCUUUUAGACUCCAUGUUGUGCUUUUGUUUCAUCGGGGGAAGGAGUAAAGACACAAACACACACACACACACACACACACACACACACACACACACACACACACACACACACACACACACAAACGUUACGUUGGAAUGAACGUGGGAAAGUUCACUGAGGAGGGAAGAGAUACUGAGGAAGACGAGGGUGUUCGCUAUCUUUUUUCGUUCUUCUUUCCGUGCUUGGAUGUACAGGAAGGUGCUGAGUGCAUGUGACAGCCAAACCCACUGUGUCUUUUGAGCUCCCAAUAAACCCUGUGCUGGUCUGAGCACUCCACAUGA